UCCACCACCUCGGAGACCACAACCCGCAGCACAGCCACCACCACGGAGUCCACAACCCCAACACCCACCAUCAGCACCACCUCCACAGAGCCUCCCACUUCGACCUCCACCACCACGGAGACCACAACGCCCAGACCAACCACCACCACGGAAUCCACAACCCCAACACCCACCACCUCCACAGAGCCUCCCUCUUCGACCUCCACCACCAUGGAGACCACUAGCCCCAGACCAACCACCACCACGGAGACCACAACCCGCAGCACAGCCACCACCACGGAGUCCACAACCCCAACACCCACCAUCAGCACCACCUCCACAGGGACUCCUACUCCGACACCCACC